GUUCUCUUGUGCACAUCCUCCCCGAGAAGCAGCAGCGCAAAACGCCGAAAAUCCGCCGAGGUCCACUGGACGGCUUCUCCAAGAGAAGUGACAGGGACAAGGAGCUCAUUCGGCAGUGUUUUCUCUUCAGUAACCACCUCAUCCUGGCUACCAGAACCAACAGUGGACACCUGCAUUUGAUCAAUGGGAUCGGCCGCGUCUCCCUGGCUGAUGCCAUUCUCAUUGAGGACCCCUCGGAGAACGACGAUGACCUGGACUCGGAGACCUCCUCCUCCACCUCCUCCCUGUCGGACAACUCGACGGUGGGUCAGCUGCGCCGAGAGCACAUCGGACUGGACUUCAAACUGAUCGUCGAACGGAAGGGCGACACGCCUCUAGUGCUGCACCUGGUGGCGCCCACCGCUCAGGAGAAGGCUGCCUGGGUCAGCGACAUCGCCCAGUGUCUGGACAACGUGCAGUUCAACAACUGGUUUCGCAGCUCGGUAUCCGACACGUCGUCAGUGACGAUGCCGCACUCCAUCAGGAACGACCCCAAGCUGUUCAGGGACGAUAUCGACAUCCGCUUCUCCAAGACGCUCAACUCGUGCAAGGUACCGCAGGUCAGAUACGCCACGCCGGAGCGGCUGCUGGAGAGGCUGACCGACCUGCGCUUCCUCUCCAUCGACUUCCUCAACACGUUCCUGCUGACGUACCGCGUCUUCACCGACGGCGUCACCGUGCUCAACGCCCUCAAGACCGUCUACUUCUCCGCAGAAAAAGUCGAGUCAGAAGACCCCACGUCGCCGCCGAGCGAGUCACGGCGCCGGGAGAGCUCACUCAGCUCGACUCUGCGGAUCGGUCACGGAGAGUCGUCCCGACGCAUCUCCACGGCCAGCACGGUGUCCUGUGUAUCGGCGUGCAGCGAAGGCAACGUGUUCGACUCACUGCUGCGUGGACAGCACUGGCGCUGGACCUAUCGGCGCAGCACAUCGUCCUCCAGAACCAACGUGGACGAGGAGGCUCGCGGCGCCGUGGAGGCGGCCGUCAGCUCCGCCACCUCCUCGCUGGCCGUCGGCGGCCUCCAGCAGAUCAAGGAGCAGCCGUCGCCCUCCGGCAGCGACUGCAGCAGUCAGAGCCACUUUGUCGAGCUGCGCGACCGAGACCAGGAGGGCGGCCAGUUCCUGAGCGUGCCGAGCGCGCAGGCGGCCGGCACCGGCGCCGGCAGCGACUCCAGCACCGACACUCUCGUCGGGACGGUGAGUGAGCGCACGGUGACCUCCCAGACGUCUGGAGAGGCCGGCGGGGCUCGCUCAGACCUGCCGGAGAGUCAGUGGGAGACGGUGGUGGAGACGAGACGCGACGUGGCCGCCGUGCCGAUCGCCACCGAUUCCGACCUGACCCGGCGGCCGGCGGCCGACCGACCCAUGGAGCUGGAGCGCACACUCUCCGGGCCGCCGGAACUGGAGCCCGGCGGACUGCUCCGGGAGAGGAAUGACGUCAUCAAGGAGGAGGAGGAGGAGGAGGACGCCGUGCCGGAGGGAGAGAGGUCGGAGGGAGACGGGGCAGAGGAGCUCAAGUCCGAGGAGAACAAGGCCAAAACGGAGGCCGAGAUCGCACAGGAGACCAGGAGAAAGCGGAAACUGUACCAGAAAUCGGAGAGCAUCGUACUGGAGUCGGAGGAGCCGUGGCUGGAGCGAACGUACCCCUCGUUCACACCGCGCGGCAGCACGUCCAUGAGCUGCAGCGACGCCUUCAGCAUCCCGCGCACCUCCGGCUUCAGUGACACGCUGUCAAUUCCGCGCGGCUCGUCGGCGUUCAGUGACUCUGUGUCGGGAGUUCGGUCGGCCUCGGAGUACGGGGACCCGCUCAGCACGCCGCGAGGCUCCACCUUCAGCCGGGCCUCCGAGGGGCAGCUGCUGCUGCCGAAGGCCGGCCACAAGCGUCUGAGCACCAACAGCGCGCCGCCGAUGGUGGGCCGGUCGGACAGUGGGGCGCACCACACGCCGCGCACCAGCUUCCAGUACCCGCCGGACAGUCCGCAGAGCAUACCGCGGGCCGGCGUGGUGGUCACCUCGUCCCGGCAGAGCCAGCGCAGGAGCAGCAGCAGUUCAGCGGCCUCUGCGUUCGCCAUCGCCACGGCGGGCUCGUCCAACCCUCGCGACCACCCGGCGCCCACUCAGAAGCCGUGGACGGUGGCCGAGCGGCGGCAGAGCUGCAAACGCCAGGAGAGCAUCGUCUCCACGGCGGCCACCAUGCGCGUGCUCAAUGUGCUCCGGCAUUGGGUGUCCAAACAUUUCCAGGACUUUGAGAGUGACACUCAGCUGAAGAACCUGACGAUCGAGUUCCUGGAGGACGUCAUGAGCUCGCGGUCUAUCCUGCCGACGGAGCACAAGGCGGCCAGCCAGCUCUACCACAUGAUCACGCGCGAGGAGCCCGUCAGGAACCGAGUCACCCUGGAUCGGCUCCUGGCGCCGCCGCUGACUCCUAGCGAGGAGAGCAUUGACACUCUGUCUGCGCUGGACAUAGCCGAGCAGAUGACCUACCUCGACCACCAGAUCUUCAUGGCCAUCAGGAGCGAGGAAUUUCUCUGCCAGAACUGGAUGAAGCCGGAGAAGACGCAGAAAGCGCCCCACAUCGUGAUGAUCACAAGGCGAUUCAACGAGAUGUCCAUGCUCGUGGUAUCAUCGAUCCUCAAGAACAAGAACUCGUCAGACCGAGUGCAAGUGAUCGAGAAGUGGGCCGCCGUGGGCGACAUCUGCAGGUGUCUGCAGAACUUCAACGGCGUGCUGCAGAUCUGCGCCGCCUUCACCAACACACCCGUGUUCCGGCUCAAACGCACCUGGGAGAAAGUCAGUAAAACGGCAAAGCAGACGGUCAGUCGGCUGCAGAAGCUGGUCUCGUUCGAGGGCAACUUUCGGAACCUGCGGGACACCCUUCACCGCUGCGACCCGCCCUGUAUCCCCUACCUGGGCAUGUACCUGACCGAGCUGAGCUUCAUCGAGGAGGGCACACCCAACUUCACCGACGACGGGCUGCUCAACUUCGCCAAAAUGCGCAUGAUUGCGCACGUGAUUCGGGAGAACAGGCGCUUCCAGCAGACGCCAUACAAGAUCGAGUACAAAGCCAAGGUGUCCGCCUAUCUGCUGGACGCGUCCGCCUGCGGUCUCAGCAACGAUGACCUCUACGAGAUGUCGCUGUCGAUUGAGCCGCGCACCUCCCGCAUCUCAUCUCUGACGGUGCCGUCGAGCCACGGCGGAGACGGCGCCAGCAAGAUCAAGCCGCGCCUCUCCAUGGGUAACCUGGGCCGCACGCUGGUCUACAACAUCGACUCGAGACGCAGCUCGUUCUCGUAGUGCGCCGGUGAAGGCCCCGGUCCGGUCCAGUCCGGUCCGACGAGGUCCGGUGAGGUCCAGUGAGGUUCGAGGAGGUCUGGUCUGCAGCUCUCCGGACACCAGUCUGCACCUGCAGCUGGCCGGAGUGGAGAGGCACGACCAUGCAGUGAGGGGAAGGGUGUGGAGAGAUGAUCAGCCCUCGAUGAUGCAGUUAUUUGGUGAACGGGGUCCAGCUCAUCAGAGUUGUUCCUUAUGAUGGGCAUCUGCAGUGUACAGCUCCUUUGUCGGAAAGUGAAGGAGUGAAUGUUAGUGGAUCGGUGAGCUUUAAAUCGCGGUUGAGCUCGGUGUGAAUUUACAGCGCGAAGGUGUGUUGAUGUUUUAUGGGGCAGCUCUCUCGGCAUUUGCAGUGUUGCUGACACAGAUGUGUGUAUUGUUCCCCGUGUUGUUGGGCCGUGUUUUGUGAGCGACGAUAGCAGUACGGCGGCCGAUACCGACUCUGGUAGCUCGAACGAGUGCGCUCUGCUGGUCGGGAGACAACAGGACUGACCUGGAGGUGCUGACGGGCAAAUUUGGCCCGACAAGACGAGCAAAGUCAACUACGGUGUGCUACAGACGAGGCCAGUGCUGCUGAGCGAGUGUGAUAGCGCUCUGUUGAUUGAGCUGGCUGGGCAGCUUAUCAUGGCCAUGGACAUUGAAAGUAACCUCGACUUCUCUCGACGGCUGGUCGCUCACGUCCUGUGUUUCAUAUCUAGUCAGAUGACGGUAUGGGUAGGUAAAUGGUAGCGCUAUCUGUUGAUAGCUGGUUCUAUAUGACGGAAGGUAUGUUAUCAACUACCCUGCACUAACACUCUGAAUGACUUUUUUCCGGAGAUUGAGAAUCCUCCGACGUCGUUAUUUGUUUGAAAAUCGCGGCUUUUGAGUGUAAAGCCACGAUGUCUGUUCACUUCAACUGAAGUUGAAAACUAUUCUAGAAUGCUUUGCACGUAGACGGCAUGGCAACUAAUUGUUGCGUCGGGAUGUAUAUUUGUACAUAUGCAUGCGAUGAGUUCGUAUGCCUGUUUUUAAAGUGCGCUCAUUGCUUUUCAUGUGACCUCUCCCCUCAUCUGACACUAGCCCUCAGCAUAUCGUUGAGAUAAACCACCACAUGUGUCUGCUGCAUGGUCGAUAGCUGCACCGCGUACUUUCGCGGAUUACAUACGCUGUGGAUCGUUUACCGACAGUCGCACUCUGUACAUAGUCGUUCUGUACAUAAUGUACCGUGCACUGGCUCGUUCGAUUCCAGUUCCCGUUCCCUGUGUUUUACUUGUGGCCGGGUGUGUCUGUGAGGACCCACGUGCAGCCACCGGCCCCGGCGACACGGCUGUAGUGCAUGCAGUGGCACAAAUGAAACAACUACUUUUCUAUUGUUAUGUUAGAAUGUGUAGGCAUUACGGUGGCUCGGUUUUGAUACUUGUAAGAUAAGUAGGAUGUCCUAUUCUUGGAAGUUGGAAGAAUGAAGGACAGUUGUUCGGGUGUGAGGUUGUUGGUUCAAUGAAAGGCAUUCCAAUGAUUUAUUUUUAUGGCUUAGGCAAUGGGCAUUUAUGUGACUAGCAUGUUAGGUCUUUAUAUUUUGUCGUAGCUGUCCUCCUGCCUGAUGAAGAUAAUGACAAAGUCAUUUUAUUAAAUGCGCAAAGUUGAACGAGAAAGCCAUGCUGUUAUAUUUUCUGUGAACAUAUUUAGACAUGGUACCAUACACAAUGGAUCAUGCUCUUCUUAUCAUUCAGUUGUUUCAGACAAGAGCAAAGUAAAUGCACAUUGGAACCGGAAUAGCGGCCGAUGCUCAAUUAAAAAUCCGUUCGCAAUGCGCUUCGUAGGCUCGUGUAUUUUCAGUGAAUGGCUCCGCGCUGGCCUGUAUAUCAAGGCUGGCUUGGGUUUCUGUUUCUGUUUGCUUUUGGGUUUACUACAAAGAAGAUAUUUUGUAUUUCGGACUCUUAUCAAACUUCCUUCUGGUGCAUCGACUUGGUCACUACAUUGUUAAACACUACCCGUGAACAAAGUAAACGAAAUCACAGUUUGCGUAUAUUUUCAGCCUAUUAAUGAUAACAUGCCAUUAGAAGCUAAACUGACAAGCAAACAACCGUACACACGACCCUGUUCAUUGAUCACUGUUCACUUUUCCCGUCUCCUUAUCGCCAGCUUUCCGUGUCUGAGCCCGUGUCCAUUUCACCCGGCUCUGUGCAGCUCCUCGUCAGCUCGACGUCGGCCCGCGUCCGACCGUUUCAGGGAUCACUGUGUUCCUCAACUGUGUACCUGUCCCGUGUCCAACGUUUGACCAGGUGUCUGUGCACGCGGCCGGCCCUGUCCGGCCGAGCGCGUGCCCGACCCGGUCUGUGUCUCAUCUCAUCGCCAUCUGCCCCAGCAAUACCCAUCAGCUCACCACCCAGCAGUGGAUCCCGCUGUGUAGCACCCACUCCGCCACGUCCAUAGGCCUGUCGUGUGUCCCCGCUCACUCAGAUGUUGCCUGGUGGUGACAGGGCCCUCGGACGGCCUCAGGGCCCCAUCCCCUUCAGGGGUUUUGCCAGCCCCAGGGCCCUUGCUCCCGUCAGGCGGGUCCAGUAUUAGGGGCUUCGCUCCCCGUCAUAACCACUCUUGCACCUGGUGCCGAGGUGACUCAAUGUUGAACCUUUUGCUCGGACCCUCGAAUGCCUGUGUCCUACCCCCGUCAGUAUUCAGCGGUGGGUCACGUUCGAACAAUUGAUAGCCUUCAUGAUUAGCUAUGAAACCCUGACUGGUUGAGAAUAUUUGAAAUUAAUUUUAGUACAUAUGUGCGACGCAUUGAAAUGGCUCAAAAAACAUUCACCUAGAUUGCAAAUUAUUGUUAGGCCUUUGACUGUAGGAAUAUUGUUUCGAUCGAAUCAUUUGUUAUGAGCCUUGGACUCAAGGCCAUAUAUAGUUGGACUGACUUGACUGACUGGACUGCUUGGACUGACUCCCUUUGAGCGCUGUUGACUAUUGUUGCAAUUUCUGAGCCGUCGGCAGCGCAGUGACCCGUGCUGUUGCAUGAAGUGUUGACCGCAGGCGGGAACUAAUGUACGGAUGUUAGGGACCGGACUCUGAGGGUCCCCGCGCAAGAGUACCUUAUCCGAUUUUAAAGUAUUUGUAUUUAGAUCAGCCAUCCGUUUCUUGUUAUGUGUCCGAUGCUUUGACUGACAAGCGCGCACGCCACAUUUUGCUCGCUUUCACAUGUGUACUGUCCGCAGUGUUGUAUCUGUAUUGGUGUUUUUUAACUUUUAAAUUAUUGCUCGUUCCAUCAAGCUGUGAAU